AUGGCUGAGCACGCUAUCCUUGUCCCACUGGCCCCACAUGUGCAUUCCAAGCCAAAAACAAAGGUGUCUAUUAUUGGCGUUGGAUCCGUUGGAAUGGCUAUUGGAUUUUCGAUUAUGACCAAGGGUCUUGCAAACAUUUUAGCUCUCGUUGAUUUUAACGAGGAUAAGGUUAAAGGUGAAGUGUUGGAUAUGCAACAUGGGUCACAGUUUUUGCACACUUGCAAUGUUGUAGAUUAUAGUUACACAAGUCAUUCUGAUGUCGUUUUUAUUGCUGCUGGUGCAAGGCAGAUUGUGGGAGAAUCAAGACUCAACUUGGUCCAAAGGAAUGUUGAUAUAUACAAGACAAUUGUACCUGAGGUGGUGAAAUACAGCCCUGAUUGUAUCAUCGUGGUCGUUUCAAAUCCAGUUGAUAUUCUCACCUACGUCACCUGGAAACUGAGUGGACUGCCAAGAAAUCGGGUUAUUGGUUCAGGAACCAUUUUGGAUUCGGCUAGAUUUAGGCAUAUGCUUGGACAGAAGCUGGAUUUGGCUGCCAGUUCUAUUCAUGGCUACAUCAUUGGCGAGCAUGGUGAUUCUAGUGUUGCUGUUUGGAGUCGUGUCUCUGUUGGCGGUGUUAACUUGAGCACGGUUUAUCCCAAGUUUGGCGAAGAUGAUGAUCCUAAUAACUUUAAGGCUGUUCACAAAGAUGUCAUUGAUAGUGCGUAUGAGAUAAUCCGUCUGAAGGGUUACACAUCAUGGGCUAUUGGACUCUGUUGUGCUAACCUCUGUGGAGCCCUUCUCAGCGAUCGUAAUGUCGUGAUUCCAGUGACUACGAAUGUUUCGGGCCUCUACGGCAUUGAGGGAGAUGUCUUUUUGAGCAUGCCCUGCGUGGUAAACUCCAGCGGAGUUACUUCAGUGGUGAAUAUGACCCUCACCGACAGCGAGAAAGCCAAGCUGCACAAUAGUGCAAAGACUUUGCUUGAAACCACUGCUAGUAUCAAAUGGUGA